AUGAAGGAAGAAGACGAGUCCAAGGAGAAGAUUCAGCUCAUUGAUGAGCUGAAACCUCCUAACGAAUCUAAAGACCUUCAUUCAGAGAGUGGAAACGAAGAAGCUUCCCGACCUUCUCGGCCGUCCCUGAAAUCAGAACUACCGAUCACGUCGGGUGCAACGGAGUAUUCCAGCAUUUACUUCAACGAGGGACUAUUCAAACCCUUCGAAAUAAAUCAUCCCGACACCAUGAAUGCCCAAGAAGGAUCGGGUCCUCUGUUACUCAGAUUCCACCUGAGCGAGGAGAGCAAGCGAUGGGCUCAACUUCUCACCAACUUUCAACUCCCGCACAUUGAAACCCCAAUUAUGGAAUUUUACGUUCGCAGUUUUCAGCAUGCCAAAGGGUCAACCGCGAGUUUGAUCCGAGCGUUGAUCACACCCGCCCUGAUUCCGUGCAUCCUACGCACCUCUUCGACCAGACCGGAGGCGAAGAAUCUUGUUCAGAUUUCAAAUCCGAUCAUCACGGGCUUCGAUAAGAGAGCAUUCCCCGAGGGACACAUGAGACCUCUGAGUGAGCAUUUCUCCCGACACGGUCGGCUCGCAGCAUUGAGACCCUCUGCCGCCGUCUACUUCCCAUUUUUGCUAUGCGAAGUAGCUUCAAGCCACGAAAGCCUCCAUCUUGCUGAGCUCAAGAACACCCGCAACGCAGAUGCAAUCAUACAAGGGCUCACAACAUUAUUCCACACUGCUGAUCAACUGGAGUUGUUGAACCGCAAUAUAGUGGUUUUUUCACUCGCCCACAACGAUACCAUUGCCAGGGUAAUUGGUCACUAUCCAGUGAUCGACGGUGGAAUCGUCCAUCACAGAGCAUACCACCUCAUUACUGACGAUAUCUCGGUUGAGGCCGGCAAAUGUUAUCGCAUCAUUCGCCACUUUGUGGAGAGACUCUAUCAGGAGUGGUCGCCGGGACAUUUGCUGUUGAUCCAGGGGGCCCUUGCGGCGGUUGUGAACUCCUGGGAUAACGGAGCUCAGCAGUCACAUCCGGAUAAUCAGAUGAAGGCGGAACCGAGCGAGGAGUGA